GUCAUUACGGUUAAAGGUCAUAGAUUUUUGGAUUGCGCGAAUUUCACUCCAAUGGAAAGAAUGUGCAAUGCGCCUAGAAAAAGAAUGAUCGAAGCUUUCUCAAGUUAAAGCAAAGCAUCGAUGAGUAGAGGCAGAACUUGUGAAAUUAUACAGACUUUAUACUUACCAAGCCUGUUGAUUAGAUAAGCUGAUGUCGGAGGCAUUGAGUUGAUUUCUGACAAAGCCAACAGUACCAGAAUUAAUAUAUUUUUUCUCAGUUGAGGGUGUGUCCUUCAACCAAGCUGGAGAUACCAGGCCAACACCCGUUUUGCCAAGAAAGACUCGAUUUUAAAAAUUGUGGUAACGCACCACAAAGGACUACUGACAUUUCAAAAUGCAACAUAUCAAGACAGUGUUAACACAAAGCCGACAAUUGGCCAAUGUAAAUAGGACGUUUUGGCCUCGGCAUUGUGCCGUAAGACUUCAGUUACCUCGAUAUUUUGUGGCUCCUGUUGCCACGGAACCUUUUCUUAAUGGUAGCAGUUCAAAUUAUGUUGAGGAAAUGUACAUGUCUUGGUUAGAAAAUCCACAAAGUGUACAUAAGUCAUGGGAUAUUUUCUUUCGAAAUGCGGAAAAAGGGGCGGCUCCAGGUACCGCCUACCAAGCGCCACCAUCUGUGAUGAGCAUGGUUUCUUCUGGAGGUAGCCUGGCCGCUCCAGUGUCAAAGACAGUGGACAGGCAGGUGAUAGAGGAUCAUCUAAGUGUCCAAGCCAUCAUCCGGUCUUACCAGAUCCGCGGACAUAACAUAGCCAACCUAGAUCCACUGGGAAUCAACUGUGCGGAUCUCGACUCGGAAACCCCUCCUGAGCUAAUAGUGCAAAAUUACAAGCUAGAUGAGAAAGAUAUGAACAGUAUUUUCAGGUUGCCGAGGACAACGUUCAUCGGUGGUGACGAGCAAGCGUUGCCUCUUCGAGAAAUCAUUCGUCGAUUGGAGGAUACGUAUUGCAGAUCUAUUGGUGUUGAAUACAUGUUUAUUAAUGAUCGUUACAAGUGCGAUUGGAUCCGUCAGCGUUUUGAAACGCCGGGGUCGAUGAGCUUUUCCAAGAUGGACAAGCGGUUGAUACUGGAGCGUCUCAUCCGCUCCACAAGAUUUGAGGAAUUUCUAGCCCGCAAAUGGUCUGCUGAAAAACGAUUCGGACUAGAAGGCUGCGAGGUGCUAGUGCCAGCCUUAAAGACCAUUAUCGAUGUGUGCAGUGAAAAAGGCGUGGAGACAUUCAAUCUUGGCAUGCCCCAUCGAGGGCGCCUCAAUGUCCUUGCAAAUGUUGCAAGAAAGCCACUCGAGCAACUGUUCAGUCAGUUUGACUCUAAGCUGGAGGCAUCGGAUGAGGGAUCUGGGGACGUUAAAUACCAUCUUGGAAUGGCUCAUGAUCGCCAUAAUCAUAUCAGUAACAAGAACAUACACAUUGCCAUCGUAGCAAACCCCUCCCACUUGGAGGCCGUUGAUCCUGUUGUGCAAGGCAAGACAAGAGCGAUGCAGUUUUACAAAGGAGAUACUGAGGGAAAGAAGGUUAUGAGUGUCCUGUUGCAUGGAGAUGCUGCCUUUGCUGGACAGGGAAUCGUGUACGAGACCUUCCACUUGUCUGACCUUCCUGAUUACUCAACGCACGGAACCAUCCACGUUGUGGUUAAUAAUCAGAUUGGGUUUACUACCGAUCCUCGUUACAGCCGUUCUUCACCAUACUGUACUGACGUGGCACGUGUGGUUAACGCACCAAUUUUCCAUGUAAAUGCCGAUGAUCCUGAGGCUGUCAUGCAUGUUUGCAAUGUGGCUUCCGAGUGGCGUUGCGAGUUUGGAAAAGAUGUUGUUAUUGACCUCGUGUGUUAUAGACGCAAUGGUCACAAUGAAACUGAUGAACCGAUGUUCACCCAGCCACUUAUGUACAAGAAAAUUCGCAGUCACAAAAAUGUACUUCUGAAGUAUGCAGAGGCGAAGAUAGCAGAAGGGGUUAUGACGCAGCAAGAGUUUGAAGAGGAGCAGGCCAGUUACGACAAGAUCUGUGAGGAGUCUUACUUAGAUGCUAAACUGGUGACCAAGACCAGCAAUGCCGAGUGGCUUGAUUCACCAUGGACCGGAUUCUUUGCUCGUGGUGAGCAGAGAAAAUACCCAGAAACCGGUGUAGAUGAGGAAACCUUGACCCACAUUGGUAACAAAUUUGGGAGUAUUCCAGAAGGAUUUACUGUGCAUGGAGGUUUGAAACGCGCCUUGAAGUCACGAACUGAACUUGUAUCUAAACGCACAGUUGAUUGGGCAUUAGGAGAAGCGAUGGCGUUUGGUUCACUUUUGAAGGAGGGAAUUCAUAUCAGACUGAGUGGUCAGGAUGUGGAGAGGGGCACCUUCAGUCAUCGUCAUCAUGUUUUGAAUGAUCAGAACACGGAUAAGAAACGCACAAUUCCACUGAACCAUCUCUAUCCAAACCAGGCACACUACACUGUCUGCAAUAGCUCCCUCUCGGAAUUUGGAGUGCUUGGAUUUGAGUUGGGAUUCUCCAUGACUAACCCUCAAGCCCUGGUAUGUUGGGAAGCACAGUUUGGAGACUUCGCCAACAACGCUCAGUGCAUCAUUGACCAGUUCAUAUCAAGCGGUCAAUCCAAGUGGUAUCGCCAAAGUGGCUUAGUAAUGUUACUGCCACAUGGCUAUGAAGGAAUGGGCCCAGAGCAUUCCAGUGCCAGACUGGAAAGAUUUUUGCAAAUGUGCAAUGAUGACCCAGAUGUCAUACCGGUGUAUCAUAAUAACUCAACAAGCGAUCUCAAUAAUGAAAGCGCCCUCACACAGCAGUAUGCACCGAAGACUCUGGAUGAGAAGUUCGCAAUUGAUCAACUGCAUGAUUGUAACUGGCAGAUUGUCAACUGCAGCACGCCAGCUAACUACUUCCACGUUCUACGACGACAGAUCGCAAUGUCUUUCAGAAAACCACUUAUUAUAAUGACACCGAAGAGUCUGCUUCGUCUGCCUGAGGCUCGAUCUUCUUUUGAUGAGAUGGUGGAAGGAACCUCUUUCCAACGUCUUCUACCAGAGACCGGAUUAGCAUCCAAGAAUCCAGAUGCUGUAAAAAAUCUAAUAUUUUGUUCCGGGCGUGUGUAUUUCAACCUGAUUAAAGAAAGGGAAACCAAAGGUUUAAAUGAACAAGUAGCGAUAGCUACAAUUGAGCAGAUAUCGCCAUUCCCCUAUGAUAUGGUGACGGAAGAGGCCAACAAGUAUCCAAAUGCCAGGAUCAUCUGGGCACAAGAGGAACACAAGAACAUGGGUGCCUGGUCAUACGUCCAGCCACGUAUACAUACUGCACUACAGAGGGAACGUCUCUGCAGUUUUGCUGGUCGUGGAGCACAAGCUUCAACAGCUACCGGUAACAAAAGUCUGCACUUGACUGAAUUACAGAACCUCUUGGACACAGCAUUCACUAUUGAAUAAGCCUCUUCUGUGAUGUUUUCACAAGCCAUCUAGCAUAUCCCUGACCAUGUUGUUUUAUCAAUUAGCUGGCUGGAACUAGCUGGAACUGGUUUCAUCUGGAAUUGCUCAUGUGGUACAAGAUACUUAGUACUUUAAAUUACAGUAUUGUGAUUUACUGAAUGUUUUUUAAAAAGCAAUUUUUGUUGAUUAUAUAUGUAAAAAUAUCCUGAUUCAAAAAUGUUCAGAUUGGUAUUACACUAUAUUUUUUGGCUUUAAUUACUCAUUAAACAUAUUUUCUUGUAUUUUUGUGUGCGGUAUAUUAUAUUGUAUUCACAACAACGUUAAGUGACUUGAAAUUAGGGUGAAUUUAUUGUAGAUAAAAUAAUUCUACAGUUUGUGUAGAUUGGUUGUGAAAGCAUCAAUGCACAUUUGAUUUUGUGCCUUUAAAAAUAUUUAAAUAAAAACAAAAAAUAACAUUGAAAAUGCAUUUUAAACAAUUGUAGAAAAAAGUAGAUUCAUUCUUUAUGAAAAUGUUAUUUUCUUUCGUAGAUGUUAUUAAAUAAUAAGAUUCACAUUGAUUGUUAUUUCUUCUCAUUCAUGCGAUUUUGUAGCAAUGCAAGUGUGAAUAUAGACGGUAGCUAUUAAUGCUUAUUGUAUGUAUGAGGUUGAAAUCUUCUGUUAUUAUUGAUGAAAUAAAUCGCAAAGUUUAAGAUUA